AUGGCAUCGCUUUGGCUGCUUGUGCCACUACUAGCAAUACCCCUAGUGCUAUUCGUAGCAUGGCUGAUUCUAUCUUCCUGUCUUGGAGAUAGCUUUCGACUACGGUUUUCAAACGUCACGGUCAACCCCCGUCAAGCCAUUUUUGAUCGGAACUAUAUGAGGUCCGUCACUUCAAGCGGACAAGGCACAUGGAACCAGUUUGAAAUGACCGAUAUGCUCGGUGACAGCCCUCGAGGCUCGAUUGAUUCUAAUGAAAGCUGA